CUGUUACCUGUUUACAAGUUUUUGUUGACAUUCAAUUUCAAUGGACUUGCGUAAAUUGUGCAGGAUUUGCUUUGUGGACAGCGCUGUGGUGGACAUCAGGGAGCACAGGAGCAGCGGCAGUUCGGAUCACACUGUUCUCGAGCUAAUUCAGGCCAUGUUCGGCAGGAACAUAGCGUUGAAUUUAACGGAGGAGCUGCCCAUGAUUUGCAGUGGCUGUCUAGAGGAAUGUCAGCAGCACUACGCCUUCUUCCGAAAGCUGAAGUUCGCCAACCAGCAGCUCCUGCAGCUCUACAACGAGGCGCAGUUGGAAAUGUGCCAGGAUGCAGAUCCGAAUGAGCAGACUGAAACGAAGGCUGGGGGGGAUUACGAAGCGUGGGAGGAGUUUGAACCACUGGAUAUUAUUGUAUUAGAACCAGAGCAACUGGCAGAGCCAAAGGAAACAGAGGAAAGGCAGGAAUCCGGUCCAAAACCCUCCCAGAGGCUGGCCAAUCAGGACUCUCUAAUUGUGUCCGAGUUUCUGCCCGCCACCACCGCCCAGCCGCGUCUUGAUCUGUCCGACUCCCGCCUGCAGCUGUUGGAGCCGCCCGCCUACGAGAUGCGCACCGUGGACUACGCGGCCGUCGAGCUCAAGCACUACAACUUGGACGAGUACAACGAGGCCAAUCGACUGCUCGAUGUGGAGCCCAGUGGCAGCCAAGCCAUCUACAAGUGCCAGUACUGCCCGCUGGCCUACGCCUCACCCCAGUAUCUGAAGACUCAUGUGCGCAACUCGCACGUCUGCAAGUACUGCACCACGGCCUUUGCCAAGGUGCGUGAUCUCAACGAGCACAUUAGGCGCAAGCACUCGCAUCACCAAUGCGUAGUGUGCUCCAACAGCUUUAGCACUAGCAGUAACCUAAGGGCUCAUCUUAAGAAAAUCCAUGGUGUCCAGUUGCCUGCACAAGUUGCAUUGCUAGAUUACAGACCAGCCACGACGGAUCAGGACAAUCCUCACCAUCAAUAAACU